AUGGCUAAAAAAUUAGAUCCAUGUAGGCUACGUAACUUUUAUGCACCCGUUCAUAUUACAACUUUGUCCAAUGGUUUGAGAGUGGUCACUGAAGAGAGCAAUUCUCCGUUAUUUUGUACAUCGCUUUUUACUAAAACAGGACCGAGAUUUGAAACUGAAAAUAAUAAUGGUUUAGCAUACUUCGUAGAACAUUUGGCUUAUCAAGGCUUUACUUCAAUGAACAGUUAUGCUUUACAAGAUGUAAUUAGAAGAGGGGGAACAAAAAUGUCUGCUUUUACCGCAAGAGAUCAUCAAGUUUUUUCUGCUGUUGGAUUAAAGGAAAGUCUAAAACUGAAUAUAAGUUUGCUAGCUCAAAUCAUUUGUCAAAUAGACUUAACUGAAACUAUGAUAGAAUCACAAAAACAAAAAAUGUGUUUUGAAGCGAUUGAAAAUGACAAUAACAGUAGAAUGGUAAUGUUUGAUUACUUACACCAGACUGCAUUUCAAGGGACUCCUUUGGCUCAAACUGUUAUGGGUCUUUCUAGCAAUUUUUGUAGAUUUGAUAUACGUGAUAUAUGCUCUUAUUUUUAUCAUAAUUAUCGACCACAUCGGAUGCUUUUAGCUACUUCUGGUGGUGUUUCACAUGGUGCUGUUGUUGAAUAUGCUGAAAAUUACUUUAGUGUCGUAAAAGAAAGUGACACUAAAGUUAUAAAUUAUGGACCAAAGCGUUAUACCGGAUCUUCAAUUGUAUAUCGCAAUGAUGCGUUGCCCGUUGCUCAUGUUGCUAUUGCAGUUGAAGCUCCUGGAUAUAACAGCCCUGAAUAUUUACCACUUUUACUGGCCACUUGUCUAAAUGAUUCCUGGGAGAGAACACAAGGCGGGUCAGACCGUCAUGGUUCAUUUUUAGCUCGUGCCUCAUCAACUUCAAGUUUGUGUGAGAAAUUUGAAUCAUUUUAUAUAGCGUACCACGAUGUCGGCUUGUGGGGUGUUUAUUUUGUAGGAACGAACGAUUUGGAUGACAUGGUUUAUAAUAUACAAAAGGAUUGGAUGAAUACAUGUACUUCUAUUCAGAAGACGGAUCUCGAGAGAGCGUCUCAAGUUCUGAAAAUGAAAUUAGCGAAAAAUAUCGAAGGUGUUGUGAAAUCUUCUUAUGAUAUUGGUUUGCAAAUGAUGUAUACAUCUAGCCGAAGAAGUCUUAGUGAAAUUUAUCAAGAUUUAUCAUCGAUUACAGUUGAAAGAUUAAGAGACGUUACUUUUAAAUAUUUAUAUGACAAAUGUCCAGUAGUUGCAGCUGUUGGACCCAUAGAAACUCUUCCAGACUAUAAUGGAAUCAGAUCUGGAAUGUACUGGUUAAGGUUAUGA